GAGGGCGAAGAAGCAACGCGGAGACGGUGGUGACUGGAGUGCGCGGUCGCGACAACUACUGCCACCGCCAUGUGAGGCCGGGCUAGGCUUAGGUGGCAGGAGUGGGUUGAGGGUGUAAAUCUGGCCACUUGCCGGUGGAAGGGGGUGGGCAGAGCCUGGGGCGGAAGCAAACAUUUUCGGGGUAAAGUGGCGUACGUUACCGAUGAGUUUGAGAACAGAUGUGGGGCCUUUUUCGGAUCCUGACUUUAGGAGCAGGAGCAGCUUUAUCAGAUAACGGGCUGGGCUUUCCCAAAUAAUUAGUCUUACUGAAGCGAAUGUUAAGGGGAAGCGAUGUACGAAAAUGGAACCUGGGAGAGGGGAGUACGGACAUGUGGGGAAGAACGAUUUGAAGUGAGGAUCUUAUCAGGGUAAUUUGAGCUGGAGACGGUUAGCCUUUUGACCUUAUUCGUCGUUAUCAUGGGUCUCGAGUUAUCGGAAGGAUUUUACUUACGUAUUCAUGCAACAAUUAUUUAUUGAGUGUUCAUAUGUCAGGCUUCUUUAGACACAGAAUAUGUUAGUGAAUUACCCCACUCCCCCAAGGGAAAAAAUUCCAUUUUGCAUUUUAUGGGUUGGGUUGAGCCAGGCAAUAAAUGUAAAGGUAAAAUAUAUGGUGUGUUAGGUGACCGGGGCUAUGAAUGAAGAAACAGUAGAGCAGGGUAAAACAAUGUGGAAUGCCAGUUUUGAGAGACAGGACACAUGAAGAAGGGAGCAACUGGAGCAGAAAGCUGGAGAAAGUGAGCGCACAAAGAUAUUUAGGGACGUAUCCAGGUAAAGGGGGAAAAGCAAAUGCAGAAGCCUAAGAAGAAAGUUGCUGAAAAUCUUCCAAGACACCCCUCUGGAUGGAACGGAGUGAGAGAAGGCAGCGGAUAAAGGGUUUUUACUUUCUACAUUGAGAUAGGAGCCUCAAGAGAGUUUCGCAGAGUGAGAUGAUAUGACUUGGACCUUGGCACCAACCAGAGACUGCUCUGUGAAGAGCAAACUUGGAGAGCAUGGGUGGAGGAGCCUCCUCAACAAGCCCAAGAGUGAGAUGACGCCAGAGGAGCUGCAGAAGCGGGAGGAGGAGGAGUUUAACACGGGGCCGCUGUCCGUGCUCACACAGUCGGUCAAGAACAACACCCAAGUGCUCAUCAACUGCCGCAACAACAAGAAGCUCCUGGGCCGCGUGAAGGCCUUUGACAGGCACUGCAACAUGGUGCUGGAGAACGUGAAGGAGAUGUGGACUGAGGUCCCCAAGAGCGGCAAGGGCAAGAAGAAGUCCAAGCCCGUCAACAAGGACCGCUACAUCUCCAAGAUGUUCCUGCGCGGGGACUCGGUCAUCGUGGUCCUGCGGAACCCGCUCAUCGCCGGCAAGUAGGCGCCCGCCCGCCCUCCUGCUCCCUCCUUCGUGAAGACCUGCCCUUCGUGAUGGGAAUAAUAAAGUCCUGCGUUUUUUCUAGA